AUGUAUCGCAGAGUCCACCAGGCGCCGGCGGCUCCAAGGAAACACGCCCGGGCCAGAGACCGUGAAACCGCACCGCCGCCGACGAGCAAGUUCCAGAAGCACAUGUCCGGUCGCUAUGGGGACAUCUGGUUGAGCUUCUCUAUCGUCACUCUGCCCAUGCUUGCGUUCAGUGCGUUGCUGCUUGGCCUUGUCUACCACUAUCGCGUCACCCACUCUCCCGCUGCAACAUCUGGUUUGCGCACAGAUGAUCUCACCGACGAGCCUGGAAUAUAUUAUGUAGACCUCAGUGCUACUGUGUUGAUCUUCAUUGCGUCCUGGUCCAGCACCUUAGGACCGCUCCUCGCGGGCUUUCUCAUGGCCCUGGCAUCAUAUCCUCUUUCGAAGAAGUACUGGAAUGACGUCCUACACCAGCAUCCAGACCUCCCAACGCCCUUUCAGUUCGCGCUAAUACUGAAGUUUCUCACGAGUAGCGGUUGGGGAUCACUGUAUAGUUGGGUCAAGUACCUUGCUGGCUGGAAGAAGCAAAGACAGUGGCAGUCGAGACUGUUGACAGCAAGCGCCUCUGUCACGGUUCUUACAACAUUCUUGGGCUUUCUAGUCUUUCUUGCGGACACCUGGCUCCAUAUCACGACAUCGACCGUGAACUUUGUCCAAGUCAGCCCAGUGACUGGCGGGACGAACUACAGCUUAACCCUGAAGCCAGCAUGUCUCACGUCGAACAAUUCUAUGGCGGUAGCUCUUGCUACUGCCAAUGGGGCGUGCAACGUGAACUCUGGGGCUACUCAAAUCUUCCUCGCCGAUUCUCGUCAGACUUUGCAGACACUCAACAACGUCUCCAACACCAUUGCCGUCUUCAAUAACGGACCUGACCCAACAUACACGUAUCUUGGCAUCCCGCCAUCUGCAGGCAUUGCCGGUCGGGACUACACGGCCACGACGUUUGGCAUGCGCACUCAAUGCAGACCCAUCUCAAACGAAUGCAAUCUGAAUGGGCUGAUCGGAGCGUCGACCCCUUUUAUGUGCACUCCAGCGUUUGCGGGCGACCUUCAACAAGAAUCCAAUGGCUGGCUCUAUACCUACUUCACCAACGACUCUAUGAAGUCCAACCUGACUAUCGGAGGAGUUCAGAACCCUUACUAUUAUGGGCUGGCAGCCUUGAUCCAGAACCCCGGUCAGCCAGCUUAUACUGCCAACGGCACAGACAUUCCUGAGCUGGUCACACCAGUGCACGGUGGCACUGCCUUUGUGCUGCUGUGUAGCAUAACACUCUACGAUAUUGAAUACGACUCAAUCAAUGGAACCAUCACACGUUUGGUGGCCUCCCCGAGCAACAACACCGUUGCCAAUAUUUGGCAAGCUCCAAUGGCGAACGUCAAUGUUGCACAGUCCAACCUGCAGACGGCCGCCACAAUCGCCGCUUCCACCGCAAAUGAUGCGCAAGAUCUGGCGGAUCAAAUAGCUCUCGCCUACAGCAAGGUGGCCUUGGGUGUCGGUGCACAAUCCGUGCGUGGGGCACCAGCCCUAGCAGUUCAAGAGCGAAGUUCAUUUCUCGUGACCCGACUCCCCAUGGCGCCGCUUUUUGGCCUGAUCGCCGCGAAUCUCGCGUUCGUACUCUUGGGCUUCAUCCUCACGGGCAUCGCACUCGGCACCUCCGGAGGCGAAGUCCGAGAAAUCCAAGCGCGGCUGAGCAUUGUCGGCUUGGUCGCGGAUCGUUUCGAAGGCGGCAGGGCGAAAGACGCGGCAGAGGACAUGGAGGAGCUUUUUGAAGAGCAUGAUGGAACCACGGGUACUAGGGUAGGAAUGGAGCGCACGGCGACAGGAGGAUAUGCCUACCGGCAGUGGUCCACGAUAACUGGCUGA